GGGGGCGUGAGGAGCGGAGCUGCUGUGCGACCCGCGGGACGUCAGGCUGGCGGCGCUAGGCCUGGCAGGGUCCUACGGCCAGCUGGGAGGUGAGAAGGAAGACAACCUCCGUGGAGUAUGGUCAUAUGACCACAACCUCUGAGGUCCCAGCAAGAGUCCUAACAUCUAACAGCUCUGCAACCAGGACAGGCCCCCUAAAACUAAUCCCAACAAGCACAUCUGAAGUCUUAUCACUCACAGGUUAAGGCUACCUUUCCAGAUAGUCCAACAACUAAGUCACCAGAUUCCAAGGGCAUUUGGACCACUUACGAAAACCAUCGGAUCCUUGCACACCAGGUGCCCUUGACAACUCAUCUGCCAUCCCCCUGCACAAAAGUUGCCGCACCAGUGGACAACGAAGCAGACCACCAAGCUUUUAAUUUCCAACGAGAGAUAAUAUUGCUGCCGACAAAACAAUGCACAAAGUGCCCCUUCACGCUAUCAUUACCAGUUGACACUAUGCUAAGAAAAUCAGCUUGCCUGGAUGAGGACCGUUUCUCUUCUUGGGUAGCCAUGAUUUGAAGAGAUACUCUGUGACCUGUGCCACUGGUAAGUGACUAACACUUUUACACACUGAACUGGUCCUGACAACUGAGAUACCUUCUUUGUAACAGAAGAAUAUACAACAUAAUCUUGAAGAAUUGCACAGUGGUGCAGGCCAGAAGCAUACUGUGUGUGUAUUACGGACCAAGAGACAAAUCAGUUUGUAAAGGAUUUUUAAUCUCUUGUUUCUAUUUGCCAGUGUUAGUCAGUAUUUUUCUAGCUUAGCUUUUUACCUUCUUUCUGGUUCUUUAUUCUGUUCUAUUCUCAUGGGCCCCAGAAAUCCCUCUCCUGACCCACUAUCAGAGUCAGAAAGUGAGGAAGAGGAAAACACUAAUUACCUAAAUGAGAGUUCUGGGGAAGAGUGGGAUUCCUCUGAGGAAGAAGACCCCGUGGUGCCCAACUUAACACCUCUUGAGAGUCUUGCCUGGCAGGUUAAGUGUCUUUUAAAAUAUUCUACAACUUGGAAACCUUUAAAUCCUAAUUCUUGGUUAUAUCAUGCUAAACUCUUGGAUCCAAGCACACCAGUCCAUAUACUUCGAGAGAUAGGUCUAAGACUCUCUCACUGUUCCCAUUGUGUACCCAAACUGGAACCAAUUCCUGAAUGGCCCCCUCUGGCCUCUUGUGGCGUCCCACCUUUUCAGAAGCCCAUUAUAAGCCCCAGCCGGCUCUCUAGAGAUCAUGCAUCUCUAAAUGGAGCACUGCAGUUUGCCACCAAACAGUUAGGCCGAACAUUGAGUAGAGCCACGCCCAUACCUGAAUACCUAAAACAGAUCCCCAAUUCAUGUGUUUCCGGUUGUUGCUGUGGCUGGCUAACUAAAACAGUUAAGGAAACAACUCGCACCGAACCCAUCAACACUACCUACUCCUACACUGACUUCCAAAAGGCAGUUAACAAACUCCUAAGUGCAUCACUGUAAAGAUCCAUCAUUUACUCUGAUCAUUUUUACAUUGCUGUUUGAGAGAGGGAUACAAAGUUAAUCCUUACACAGCCCACGUUUGAGGAACUAAUGGCUUCUCAACCGAAACCGUGCCAUCCCUUAAUAAGCCAUAGCUACCAAGUACCCUCCCAUAACUCAGCUCUAGAAAAUGUGUAUUGUGGGCAUCCCCCUGUGAAAAAACAGAACUUCAGUGGAGAAAUACUCCAAUGGGACCAUAUAACAAAAGAUAAGGUGACUAUUCUCUAUACUAAGUUUGCUCCUCAGUUUACUCUGCCUAUUUGAAUGGGCUUUAACUAGAUAUCUAAUUAUUAAUAGGAAGGAAAAAGUAGGUCACCACCUCUUUUGUGGCUCAACUUUAAGAAUAACCACUGUGGGCAGUAGAAAGUUAGCAACCCCCAGUAAUACUUUCCUGAGCAGACUCUGCUCUGAUAUUUAUUUCUAGAUAGUUAGAUUAAAUUGAGUAACUAAAAAAGGAAAAUAACAGGAAUAUUCUCUGAGCUCUGGUGGUGCCAUGGUUAAGAGCUUGGCUGCUAACCAAAAAGGUCAGCAGUUCGAAUCCACCAGCUGCUCCUUGGAAACCCUAUGGAGACAGUUCUGCUUUAUCCUAUAGGGUCGCUAUCAGUUGGACUAGACUCAACGGCACUGGGUUCUUGGUUUUUCCCAGCUUUUAUAUAAAUAUACUUGCAUAUAAGACACUGUAGGGGCUCCUACUUUUUGGUGGGGGAUACAGUUUCAAACCUAACCUACACUAUUCCAGGCCUAUUACAGUACCCAUAAUUACAGCAUAAACAUUCUGUAUCAUAGGUUCCACCAUUGCCUCUGGCUAACUUGACCUGUAAAGUCAUCCCUCGAGAUUAAACAGAUGCUUGUUCUAUAGGGAAUAUGUUUUGUGCAUCUUGAAACCCAGACUUUGGUCAAGAGCAAGUUAUACACAUUCCAAAAGACCAGUGGAAAAGGAUUGAGAAAGCAUUUAUCCUUUCAGUAUUAACCUCUAAAGGGUUAAAAUGUUUCCUCUGUGUAACAUUGCCUGGAGCAGAAGUGUAUGCACUUUGCACAUGCGUUGCAAACUCUUUAGGGACCCUUGUAACUUUAAAGAAACUUACUAUAAAAAAACUUAGCCUAAUGCAACAUUAAGAGUUUUAGCAACAUUGUUCAGUAGUUAAGCUUUAGAUUUUCUUCUACCUGAACAAAGAGUCUUGCUCUGUUUGUAGAUGAGUCAAAACAAAUCAGUAUACAGCAUAUGAACUGCAUGAGACCAUUCAAUCUUUUCACACACCCAACCAUAAAGAUGAAACCUGUGUGUGGCCCUGGUUGACUGGGCAUCUGAAGGGAAUCAGAAAAUGGAUGUUAAAGAUGUAUCAUAUAUCCUCUUCCUUAUUUUAGUUUUGCUUUUUCUGUUCUCCAUAAUUAAGUGCUGUAUCCAAUGUAGCAUAAAAAAUUGAAACAGAGAAUCACAAAUCCUACAACUGUAUAGCAACUUUAAGGAGAAAGAAGAAUGUUUAUAACCUAAUGAGUAUUUCUGCUGAGCCUUAGUUGUCCUGUUUUAAGGAAAAAGAAGGGAAUUGUAAAAGGGAGAAAAAAUAUGUUAGUAGAAAAUUACUGACCAGAACCAUAUCAUACUAUUAGUGUGAGUAAAUGUAUCAAAAACUGUUCUUAUGUAAAUGUUCUGUGAAAUUGGUUUUUAAAAUGUUACAAGCACCAGUUCCCUUUUUUUUUUUUUUUGGUGGGGUAGUAAGAGGUAAAGAGUGGGCCUACAAAUUAAAAUAUGUUGAUGUUAUGUAACCAUAUUACAUUCUGUUUUCUCUGUGUGUGUGUAUAAAAGUGCCUUGCUCAUGAAUACAUUUUGGUCUUCACUCUAGAAGGAAGCAUUUUCCCCAGCUUUGCAACUGAAUAAACCAACAGCUUUGUACAUGCUGAACAGAGUAUGGUCAUUUGUCCUCAAAUAAAAUAGAUCCUGCUUUGCUUAAGGCAUAUUUAACAUUCAUUAAAUGCUGAAUAGAGUUAAUAGAUGUAGUAUCUGUAUGUAUAUAAUAUCUUUGAUGGAAGGGAAAUUGGCAGCUUCAGAGAAGAAGUACAUUUGAAGAAGAGAAUAUCAGAUAUUCAAUCAAGACCUAAAUGUGAACCUGUUUGUAUAAUUCAGAUAAUCCCAGUAAGCACAAAAUGGUAGAUACCUGAGUAAGCCUUAACUUCUGUGCCUUGAAUUUGGAGUUGAGGAGUGAAUUUGCCAUUUUUAUUAUGGCUAUGUGGACCUCUGUUUAAAUGCAGUCACAGUAAUUAUGAUAAAGAGGGACAAAUGUAUCCUCCAUUUGUAGAAAUACUUAUCAAAGGGGUAAAGAAUAGGAAUUCUAAACCAAUGGACAUUCACAACUUAGAUAAAGUUAUUAUCCUCUCUCAAUGCAGGUAGGCAGCCUCUUUUUGUUGAAGAAGUCCAGGUGCUUUAAGCCCUAACCACUUGCCAUCAAGUUGAUUCUGAUUCAUGGCGACACCACGUGUGUCAGAGUAGAACUGUGCUGCUCUGUAUGGUUUUCAGUGGCUGAUUUUUCAAAAGUUGAUUGCCAGGCCUUACUUCUGGGUGGACUCAAACCUUUAACCUUUUGGUUAGCAGCCGAGCAUGUUAACCAUUUGCACCACUUGGGGACUCCACCUGAAGUUCAGAUGAACAUAAUUCUGUCUUUUAAUCUUACCUGCUUCCCCCCCAAAAAAUAUUGAUACAUGGCAGACGGCAGGCAAAUUAUUGGAGCCCUGGUGGCACAGUGGUUAAGACCUUAGCUGCUAACCAAAAAGGUUUGCGGUUUGAAUCCAGCAGCCACUCCUUGGAAACGGUAUGGGGUAGUUCUAUUCUACUGUGCCCUAUAGGGUCACUGUGAGUUGGAAUUGACUUGAUGGCAACAGGUUUGGUUUGGCUUUUGUUUUUUAGGGGAUUUUCUUGCUGUAAUGGUGCUCCCAUUACACCUAGCCAUCUAAAAAAUUUCUCUAUGAGGAAAACAGUGUUUUGAUAUUAGAGUAGAUUGUUAAAGCAAAGAAGUCACUUUGGUUAUUUUUUUAUACAGACACAUAAAUUCUCUUACAUCUUUAAUAGAUGGUUUUCUGCUUCUGGUUCCAGUGUUAGAGAAUUCAAUGUCUUUUAGAGUAGCCUGUUAGUUUUAAACAUCUCUUGUUAGAAAUUUUGUUGUUCACCCGACAACAAUUAUGGAGUACCUGCUAUAGUUCAAGUACUGGGAAAACAACAUUAAAUAAAAUACCACACAUAUGAAGUUAGUUAUAAAACAUAUGGAACCAAUAUACAUUACCCUAGAACUUUUGGCCAUGGACCACAUUUCUCUAGGGUCACAUUAAAUACAUUUAAACCCUAAUCUUUAUACUGGUCUUUGAAAUGUUUGAAAACUGCUUACAGUGAAGGGUUGUAUAAAAUAAUUCAAUAGGGGAGCCAUCCAAGUAUAGUGUAGAAUCAUGUGGCGGGCAUAUUCCAACAGUCAGACCCCAUAAGGGUAGUCAUCCAAGGGAAUAGAUAAAAUAUAUGGGUAUUUUAUAUACAGAUUUGUUAUAUAUGUUAAGUUCACGAGGCAAUGGCACACAAAGAUCAGGGUCAGAUGUGUUUUGUUCACGGCUGGGGUAUAUAGAGGAAAUCUUGGUGGUGUAGUGGCUAAGAACUACGGCUGCUAACCAAAGAUCAGCAGUUCAAAUCUACUAGGUGCUGCUUGGAAACCAUAUGGGGCAGUUCUACUCUGUCCUUAUAGGGGCGCUAAGAGUCUGAAUAGACUCAAUGGCAGUGGGUUUGGGUUUUGAUUUGGGGGUUAGAAAAGCCCAGAAAGCCUGGAUAACUUUUUAGACCAUGACAUCUUUUUGUGCAAGCUGCUAACAUAUAAGUCCACCAAUGAACAAUAUUCAUUGAACUGAGGGAAACUGCGGGAGCCAUACUAACUGAAACCAAUCACCAGGUAUUUCUUCUGUGUCAGCUUACUAUUAGCAGAAGGAAAAUCUCUGUGACAAUUUUAAACAGAGAUUAGUUGAUGGGUACAUGUUUUACAUUGUGCGCAGACUACCAAGCUCUUUUAAUUGGUGGCAGCAAUGGGAUUAUAUACUUUAAAAGUUUUGACGUGAUACCAAGAAAAUGGAAAGGAUAAGGAUACCACAAUGACCCGACACUUGCCACCUACCCAGCUGCCUGUGAACUGUGAGAGCUAUGGCCAGCUCUUACCAAUGCCAUAUGGUAAAUGAAUGCUUGAUGAUAGUAAUUUUUUUAAAGAUCAUUUAAAAUAUCAGCGUAGCAGGCCAACAGUACCGGGGUUGUUGCCUUCUAAACAGUGUUUGAACGAACAGCAAGAUAUGACUAGUGAAACUUUGUAGGAAAAAACUUGAGAUAUCGGUUCAAGAGAUGGUUGAGAGCAUCACGCUCAGUGACAAAUUGUUGAGGAGUGUCAGAGAUCAUGUGCCCAUAUACAUGAUAGCGUGCAGUUGUGGAGUCAGUUAAAAAUGUUAAUGACGGUUUAAGGUUGGAUCAUAAAGCAGUAAAUUGCGUGGAAUUUGGACAAUAUAUUUGUCCAAUUUGGAAAGACAAAGAUGAUCAUAAUAACAUGAUUUGAAAAUGUCUAGGAUCAUUUGGGUAGUUAUGUCCUGUUUCCUGGAGUAGGACAUAGCCAGUAAUCUAGAGGGAUGGUCCGGAUCCUGGUCAUCCUAAUAAGACUAAAAUUGAAUUCCUACUAUAUACAGAAACCAAACUGGUGAGAUAUCAAAUUGGAUUUCAACAGGAAUGCAAUCAAACAGUGUUUAAAAAUGACUUUGCAGUUAGUACAUUAAAGAGCUGCUAGUAUAUUAUUAUUAAGUUUACUGUGUUGGGUCCACUGCUCAGCCUAUGCUUAAGGCUGCUUCUCCAACUGAUGUUUUGCAAUGUAGUAAUUAGGCAAUGGUCCAAUAAAGACAACUUCCUUUGGUAGAUGCCCAAACAAUUGGAAUAGGCCAAGAGUAUGGCCAUCUUCAAUCAAAACAAAAAAAAGAUGCUAGAUUGGCUUGAUGGUUACAGCCCUAAGUUACCAGAAUAGCUUUGAUAGAGUGGCAGAACUCUGGUGACACAGUUAAGGGGCCAGCCACAACCUGGAGAACCAAAUUCUUACAUUAAUUGAAGGAGUGGCAUCAAUGUUGGUCACAGCCAGUGCGUCCCAGGGGGACUUAGUCGCAAAAUGUGUUGUAUGGUGGUGGCCCCUGGCUACCUGCCUGGUAUUGAAGUAGACCUCCAGGGGCUUGAAUGCUUUGGUCCAGAUCGCAGUUUACUUGCUUGAACCCAGCUUUUCUAUGUUUGUCACUUUCUACUUACGACACGUCUUUAAAUGUGUUGCGUUGCCAGAUUUAGCAAAUAAAAAACCAGAAUGCCCAAAUAAACUUAAAUUUCAGGUAAAUAAUGAAAUACGGAACAUACUUAUACUAGAAUACUUACUACUUCCCUGAAAUUUAGCUAGCCACCUGCAUUUUAUCUGGCAACCCUAUAAAUGUGUUAGUAACAUUGAUUAAACUUAGGUUGUAGUCUUGUGGUUGUUCCCCAGGGAAAAGUCUGGUUCUUCCUAUUAUAUGUUGUUUUGUUUUUUAAGCUCCAGGUACUUGAUGUGAGAAGGGAGAGUUAAUACAUAAUUGCCUCAAAGUUACCACUGUUGAGUGGUGGAGGAGGAAGUCCAGUUACAGAUACAAGUUUUUAUAGGACAUACAUAUUUGGCUAAAAUAAUCACAUAUCAUUAAAACAUCUCCAGACAUAUACAUUUUCAAAAUGCAGUCUCAAUGAAUAGGAAGUUUAGGUUUAUUGGUUUUUGUUUUAAACAGUUACUUUAUUACUGCCCCUUACCAUGAAGGGAAAGAUUGAGUGUACUGAUUUAAAAUAUAUAUGUAUUUCAUAGGUAGCACAGUUCGGAUAGGCAUUCUUCAUCACAGGAGAGGUCUAAAAUUUGGAACACUUAUUUUUGCCUUCCAGAGCCCCCAAAGACUCAAGAAUUUGAAGGCAGGCACAAGGUAUCCUAGAAGGUGGGGACGAGAGAAAAGUUUGAAACAAGGGGAUUGGUUGAAAGUUUACUUUUCUCCUCUCUUUGUAGCCAGGUGAUUAUCCCUCUAUCUAGCAAAAGACUGGAGGCUUAUUUUCUGGAGACACUGAACCAAACAGAUCUAGAACUGGGGUCCAGGGGAGGGUGGUGGAGGUAAUGAGGUGCUAUCAUAAAAACAAGAGGAUUAAGAGAAUGUUGGUAUUCUAAAUGCUAGGAGCCUCCGGUUCCUUUCUUCCAUCCAGCUACAGAAUCUGGCAGCCAGACUUACAGCUAGCUCUGGCCAGCCCACAUCCUGUGUGUACUCCCCUUGCCACCCAAAAAGUUUAACAAUGAAAAAAUGGCUUGCCUCUCAAUCAUGUGUCACGGUGAAGCCCAGAGUCCACAGCCUUGGUCAUUCAUGCAUGGCUCUCAGUCACUUGAAAUCACUAUGAAGUUAUAGCCAGGAUUACUAGGCAUUUGAGGAAACCUUCAACACGAAUGAUGAAGAUCAAAACAAAUAAAAGGCCCUGAGAAAAAUGGAAAUAAUACAGGAAAACAAACUCCCCAAACGGAAUAUAUAAUUAAUAUUCUCAGAGUCACAGGAGAACAUAUUGUAUCCACAAAAUGAGAAUAUGAUGCUUUUUUUUUUCAUUUUUUGUGCUUUAAGUGAAAGUUUACAGCUCAAGUUAAUUUCUCAUACAAAAAUUUAUACACACACUGUUGUGUGACCCUAGUUGCAGUCCUUAUAAUGUGACAGCACACUCCUUCCCACCCCAAGUUUCCCAAGUCCAUUCAACCAGCUCCUAUCCCUUUCUGCCUUCUCAUCUCGCCUCGGGACAGGAGCUGCCCAUUAAGUCUCCUGUAACUACUUGAACUAAGAAGCACACUCUUCACAAGUCUUAUUUUAUGUUUCAUAGUCCAGUCUAAUCAUUGUCUGAAGAGUUGGUUUCAGGAAUGGUUUUAGUUCUGAGUUAACAGUCCGGGUUCCUCCUGCCUCAGACCAUUAAGGAUGCUAUUUUUUUAAAUAAAAUAAUAAAGUAUACCCCCAAAACUAUUGCCCUGAAAUAAUCUUCAGACCUUAAGCCAAAAAUAUCACCUGAAGUCUUCUUAAAACCAAACAAUAGUUUAGCUUAAUUAGUAGAAAAUGUCUGUCUUGAGCAUGGUACUCUGAAAAACUGAGAUCAAACUGACAACAGUAACUGGAAAGAUUAGACAGAAAGCUUAGGGGACAUGAGUUUAUGUCAAUGAGGGAGGGACAACUCAGAAGAGGAGGGUGAGAAUGGUUGCACAACUGGAAUAUAAUCCAUGCAGUUGAAUUGUACACGUAGAAACUGUUGAAUUGGUGUAUAUGCUAAUGUGUAUAAUCUCAGCAACAACAAAAAAUAAAUUUAAAAAUAAGUAAUCAUAAAAUGCUGUUGGAAAAAAGUAGAUGUGUUGGAAGAUGAAAAAAUUUCAGAAAGUAGAACAAAAAGAGAAAUGGAAAAUAGGAAAGAACAAAGAAAAUCAGAAGAUCGGGAUGAGAUGCAACGUCUGAUUAAUAGCAGGUUCAAAGUUAGAGAAGAGGGGAAAAAAAAAAUCCCUAAAAAAGACAUGAGUCUGCUGGAUUUAAGGGGUCAUGAGUGCCUAGCGCAGUGAAUUUAAAAACACAAAAGCAUAUCAUCAUGAAAUUUCAGGAUACCAGGUUAAAGAGGGUCCUACAAGCUUCCAAAACAAGCCAGUUGCUGUCCAGUUGAUUCCAACUCCUGGUGACCCCAUGUGUAUCAAGAGUAAAGCUACGCUCCAUAGGGUUUUCAUGGCUGUGACCUUUGAGAAGCAGAUUGCCAGGCCUGUUUUUUGAGGUAUCUCUGUGUGGGUUUGAACCACAAGUUAGUAGCCCAGCGCUUAACCCUUUGCACCACCCAGGGACUCCAAAAAAGCUUCCAAAGGGGGAAAAACAGGUUACUUAAAAAGGGUGUUUUCAGAAUGAUAUUUGGACUUUUUGGUAGUAACAGUGGAUGCUAGACUAUGAAAGCAAGACUUUCAAACUUCAGAGGAAACAUUAUUUCCAACCUAGAAUCCAAGCGUAGGCCUAAGAUAAAUCUUUACACGUGUACAUUCUCAGUUUUUGAUCUCACCAUGUACCC